AACAGAAGAAGAAAGCGUGUUGCCCGUGCAAAGGUAUCUCCGAGGAGACAUGGCAGAAACCAGUCUGGGUGUUUUUGGUGCAGUGAAGAUCAUCCUCCAAAGUGCAGCAGCAGGUUUUGCUUUUGGAGAAGCCGCGUUGUUUGCAGUCGAGCCCUCGCUGACGACAGAUGGCAUCCUGCUGAAUGCCGCCACUCUGGCUGCGGGACGAGUCGGUUCCACGGGCGUCGGGGUGGUGGCGGCGUGCCUGGCGUUCACCUCGGUGCUCACUUCUCUCGGUAGUGGUUUCCUCCUCGCUGCCAUGACGAUGAAGCUGUUGACCCAGGCUGGGGUGAGGUUGCCGUGGUUGGUGGAGGCCACGACAGGAGCCUCUGUUGUCGCGGGUGCCGUCACGACCGGAGUGUUCGCCGGCAUCCUUCCCCCAUGGGUCUGCCUCACAGCCCAAAGCAUUCUGGUCCUUGUAGUCUACUCAUACUCCAAUAUUAACGACAUGACCACCGCUCUGUUAAUCAUCUUCACCACUCUCUACCUGUGUGUAGUUUACGGAAGAAUGGGUGUCAUGGUGGGACUCUUCGUGGUGGGUUUGACCAUAUCUGUGCUGUGCGCCCUUCGAAAGGCUCUGACGGAGAGGACGACGCAAAGACCAAAAUCUAAAACCGAGUGCCAACUUUUGGAGAGGAUAUUCUUCUACUCCGUUUUUGUGGGGGUUCUGGGAUUUGCAGUCGGCUUGGGGGCGGGUGAAGCAGGAGAGGGGUCUGAAGCGGAGGUGGUCUUGAUGCUGCAGUCGGUCCUCUGGGUGGCCUUUCUGUCUGCAGGGCUGCUGGGAGCCGGACUGGGAACGGUGGCCACGGCCGGGCUGGGGCCAGAGGUGGCUGGAAAGGUCAGCGUGGGGGCUGCUAUAAUAUCAUCAGUAUUCCUUAGAGCCAUUCUGCAAUCAAGCUCUUCUUUAGGGACCCGGAGCAGCUUGGGGGGGACGCUGGGAGCAGCCACAGCUGCGGGGGUGUCUCUCGGAGCCGCGAGCGUUGCGGCGAAGAAGGCGUUCGGGACUCGAAAUUGGACUUCAGUGGCUUUAGGUUCGGUAGUUGUUGGUGCAAUUCUGGCAGUGCGCGGCGUGGCACUCAAAGCGACACUCCUGACGACAUCAGAACUCAUGACGAUCGCCCUGGUUGCAGUAGGGUCAUUUGUUCUGGGUGCACCAAAGAGCCCGUUCAACACUCAGGUGACUCUACAAACGGGCCUCCUCACGGGGCCGGAGCUAAUUAAAGGAAUCGGCAUGGAGACGGUCACUGCGGCAGCGGCACCCAUCGGAGCCGGGGCGCUCGGGGCUGCAGCGUUGGGUACCGCAGCUCUGGGGAGACUGGGGACUGUGGGAAUUCUGGUGGCUAUAUCGUUGGCUUUAGGAAGUGUUCUUAGUGGCAUGAUAGGGAAACCUCCGCGGACAGAGGCUGACUGAGGACGAGGGCGAGCACUAAAGCUCUGCAUGCAUGUGUUGGGUUGACAGAGGUGUUUACAUUAUUACAAGUCUACACUGGCCUAAAAAAAUUAUAUUUUAAAUGUGAGCUCAUUUGCAUCAGAUUCUUUUUUUUUUUUUCAUAAAAAACGCUUUUGCUUGUGGAUCAAACCUGGCAGUAUUGUCAUAAUGGUAUUAUGCAGGCCGGCAGUGAUGAAUAAAGUGGAUGAUGAAUGUUAUCCAAGUGUAUUUAUUUGCAAUUUGCCAAUAUCUUUGUACUAAUUACUGUAAAACACUGGAGGAUGAGAUAAAGGGUCAGUUGUUUGACAAGAGUCGCCGCGAGGAUCCCUUCUCCUCACUUCUUUCGCACCAGCAUUGCCACUAUUCCCAAGACGUGAUCGCAAGGUGGCAGUUACUUUGGUUUCAUCUUAGCAACAGUAACAGAGGACUUGCUGUUUAGAAAAGGGAGGGGGGGGAAGAGAGAGAGAGAGAGAGAGAAAGAGAGGCAAAGAAUAACAUCAGUAGCUUGAAGAGCAUCUUAGGAUAGAGUCUGUUCCGCAGAUCUUACCACGAUCAAGAAAAACAUGGAUUUAAUACAUGAAAGUAAGAUGCCCCUCCGUCUAUAUGAACUCACAUUACCCUCUCUGAAGAGAUGAUAUGUUGCAUUCAAAUGGAUAUCCACCUGUGGCUCAGGGUUUUGUGGGUCAUGGCAGCAGCACACAUGAGCAGCGAGAAAGAAGAAGUGUUUCCUCUGAACCAACUGGGGCACCUGGGGCAGCAAGCUGUACUCUGAUGUACUUUUGAGGAAGUUGAUGAGAAUUUUGUAACAUGGUAAUAAUUUCAAAAGGUAAGCAUUGUGUUUGUUUAUGGAUGGUGAAGCACAGUCAUUGGUAACAACCUGGGAUGUCGUUCUUUUUUUUGCCAAAAAUAAAAUAAAAGUUCGUUAACAAUGUAAUUAUCUCCAAAAGUUGCACAAAGAUGGGACCCAGCACAACUUUUUCAUGGAUUCUGGCAUUUGUGCGCACUUCAGGACUCACGCGCGGCAGUAUUACUUCAUGAGCCUUUAUUAAACGAACAUGUCUGUGAACCGGGUCCACGCGACCGACCCGGAGCCGUCCUCCGCGGAGUACUCAACGGACUACUCGGUGCAGAUUCCCAGUGAUCCGGGACACGCGGCGGGUCGCUCGCGGGACGUCACGGUGCUCCAGUCGAGCUGCUGCCGCUGCCUGCCGCGCGCGGUGCGCCUCACCUUCGCACCGGACUCACUGGAGAGAAUCUACCAGAACUACUUUCGCCGACAGAGACAAGAGAACCUGCUCGUGCUGGCGGCGCUCGCGGCGCUUUUCAACAGCUUCGUCAUCGUCAUGUGCGCGGUGGUGUACACGCCGGACAAACUGGCCAUGGUGGUGGUCGCCGCGGUGGGGCUGGCCGCGGACGUCGCGCUCUACGCGCUGUGCAGGCGGCGGAUGCUGCCCGCGUCGCCCGUCCUACGCGGCGCGGUGCCGUACGUCCUGUGGCUGAUGAUCACCGUGCACGUGCUGUGUUACCUGGGUCUGAACCACGAGCGUUUCCCCCAUGGCAGUGACGCCGCGGGCUGGCACGCCUUUUUCAGUUUCUGCAGCUUUCUGACCCUGCCGCUGGAUCUGGUGCCGCUGCUGCUGCUCACGGCCAUCUCCUGCGGGAUACACACCCUGGUGCUGGGGGUGACCGUGGCUCAGAGGUUUGAGGAUGACCUGCAGGGGCCCAUGCUGGUGAGACAGCUCCUCGCCAACUGGAUGCUGAACCUGUGCGCAGCCACGGUGGGCGUGAUGUCGUACUACAUGGCGGACAGGAAGUACAGGACAGCUUUUCUGGAGGCCCGUCAGUCACUCGGGGUCAAACUUACGCUGGAGGAGCAGAGCACCGAGCAGGAGGAGCUCUUGCUGUCCAUACUGCCCAAACACAUCGCUGAUGAGAUGCUGCAGGGCAUGAAGAGCCAGGCCGAUCAGAACGAGGUCCAGCAGCAGCAGUUCAACACCAUGUACAUGUACCGCCAUGAAAACGUCAGUAUCUUGUUUGCUGACAUUGUGGGCUUCACCCAGCUGUCCUCAACCUGUAGCGCCCAGGAGCUUGUAAAGCUGCUCAAUGAACUGUUCGCCCGCUUCGAUACACUGGCUGACGAACAUCACCAACUGAGGAUUAAGAUCCUCGGAGACUGUUACUAUUGUAUCUGUGGUCUUCCCGACUUCAGGGAUGACCACGCCGCCUGCUCCAUAAUGAUGGGCCUCGCGAUGGUAGAGGCCAUCUCGUACGUGCGAGAGAAGACUAAAACUGAAGUGGACAUGCGCGUGGGCGUCCACUCGGGCACCGUGCUGGGAGGAGUGCUCGGGCAGAAGAGGUGGCAGUUUGACGUUUGGUCCACGGAUGUCACUGUGGCCAAUAAGAUGGAAUCUGGGGGGAUUCCUGGGAGGGUGCAUAUUUCCCAGACCACCAAGGACAGUCUGUGCGGGGAAUUUGAACUGGAGCUGGGGGACGGAGGAGGGCGGUGCGAGUACCUGCAGGAGAAAGGCAUCGACACUUACUUAGUUCUGGUGCCGAACCAGGAGGCGAACGGGCUCAGAGGAAAUAAACCAGGCAUGUUGUCCAACAGAAAUUCAAACCAGUUAAUCAACACUACAGCCACCAAUGGGAGCGCAGCCUCCCCCCAAUCCACGCCCACUGAGUCUAAACAGGAGCGGAAUAAGAUGGUCGAGGAGCAAGUGAUCAACAGACGGUUGCAGCAGGAGCUGCUGGAAAGAGAAACCCAGCAAAUCAUGAAGGAUCACCAGAUCAACCUUCUGUCGUUGCGUUUCGUGGACGCGAAGUUGGAGGAGCACUACUCCUCAGAGAAGGAGAAGCGAAGCGGAGCUGCCUUCUGCUGCUGCAUCAUAGUGCUCUUCUUCAUUACGGCGAUGGAGGUGUUCAUAGACCCACUGUUGGCUGUGAACUAUGUGACGCUCGCAAUAGGAGAGGUGUUGCUGCUCAUCCUCACCGUCUGCUCCCUGGCUGCCAUCUUUCCCAGGAUGUUCUCCAAGAGGAUGGUGUCUUUCUCGGUGUGGAUUGAUCGCACGCGGUGGGCCAGAAACACAUGGGCCAUGGCGGCCAUCUUUGUUCUAACGAUGGCUGUGAUCGCUGACAUGCUGAGCUGUGUCCCACCGUCCCUUCGAGUCUUCAACAGCACUUCCGGCCCCGUGUUGGAGUCCCUCGGAGACCGAGGCUGCGCGGAGAAUCCGAAGCACUACAGCUUCAUGGCUGUGAUGUCGCUCAUCGCCACCGCCAUGUUGGUGCAGGUCAGCCACCUGAUCAAACUGGGCCUCAUGGUGCUGGUCGUCACGGCAAAUGGAGCUGUCAAUAUCUACAGCUGGCGGGACAUAUAUGACCUGUAUGACUACAUACAGUUUGCCUCCUACAGAACAUCCAUAGUGCCAUCCAAGUACCUCAUGACCGUGAUGAUCAUUGUCAUGAUGAUUGGUUUCUACCUCUUUGCCCGCCAUUUGGAGCUUCAGUCCAGGAAGCUGUUCCUGUGGAAGAUGGGUGUGCACGACCAGAAGGAGCGGGUGUUUGAGAUGAGACGCUGGAACGAAGCGCUGGUCACCAACAUGCUGCCGGAGCACGUGGCCAAACACUUCCUGGGCUCUAAAAAGAGAGACGAGGACCUGUACAGCCAGUCGUACAAUGAAACAGGUGUGAUGUUUGCUUCCAUCCCCAACUUUUCUGACUUCUACACCGAAGAGAGCAUCAACAACGGAGGCCUCGAGUGCCUCAGGAUCCUCAAUGAGAUCAUCUCCGACUUUGACAGCUUACUAGACAGGGAUGAGUUCCGCUUCAUCACGAAGAUCAAGACGAUAGGCAGCACCUACAUGGCCGCAUCAGGACUCACCCCGGAGAGCAACACAAACGAGUACAGCAACCGCAAGCCAGAGGACCAGUCACUGAUCGAGCGCUGGCAGCACCUCGCCGACCUGGCAGACUUUGCCUUGGCGAUGAAAGUCACCCUAAACAACCUCAACAAACAGUCCUUCAACAACUUCAUGCUCCGAAUUGGUCUUAAUAAAGGGGGAGUGUUGGCUGGAGUGAUUGGAGCUCGUAAACCUCACUAUGAUAUCUGGGGCAACACAGUCAAUGUCGCCAGCAGAAUGGAGUCCACCGGAGUGAUGGGAAACAUCCAGGUGGUGGAGGACUGCUACGACAUCCUGAAGGAGUAUGGCUUCCGCUUCAUCCGGAGAGGGCCCAUAUUUGUCAAAGGUAAAGGGGAGCUGCUGACCUUCUUCAUGAAAGGAAAAGACAACCCCAGUAGCAAUGGUGGUCCAGUGACAACCACGCUUCCACACCAAGUCGGUGACCUUUGAAAAUUCUCACCUGGUGAAAAGCUGCUCAUGAAAGGAUAAGCCUGGGCAUAAUGUCCACUCGGGCCAUUUUCUCUCAUAUACACAGGUUACUUACAUAUAUAUUUUUCAUAAGCUCUGUAGCAAUGUAAAGCAUAUGGACAUAGACCAACACAACCAAAUUAGAUUAUUAUAAGCAUUACAACUGUGAAAUGCCAUUUCACACAGAAAUACAUGUAAUAAGAUAAACUGAUUAUGUAUAGUUGUACAUAAUUCAGAAAUACAGUUGCCGGAGCUCCUGCAAUAAGAAUAACAAGCUUAGAACAGACAUAUAAAGUACCUUCCUUUUAAUCUAUUUUGUUUAUUUCUUUUUUGUUAAAUAUUGUAGCUGUAUUUAUACUGUAUUUAUACUGUGUUAAUAAAACAUGUUUGCACUAUGUUUUUAAAAUUA